GGAUUCUUGUUUCCACUGUUAUGGCUAAAUCUUUAAUUUAAAAUCUUUUAAAAAAAUUGACUCGUUUUGAUUUUCAAAUAGAUUCUCGCAAAACGCUACCGUUCGGGUGACUCACUGACUCAAACCCUAACCAAGAAAUGGCGACACUACCGGCGGGAGCAAACUUCGACGGAAAUCCUCCAGCGCCGGCACCGCCGCAGCAACCUGGGACGGAUAUGACGGGAAUAUGCUUUCGAGACCAGCUAUGGAUGAACACAUACCCACUUGAUCGAAACCUAGUAUUCGAUUACUUCGCACUGUCCCCUUUCUAUGAUCGGACUUGUAAUAAUGAGCUGCUCCGAUUGCAAUCUAUUCACCCCCUCGAUCUCUCUCAUCUCUCGAAAAUGAUAGGCAUAGAAUACAUGCUGAAUGAAGUAAUUGAGCCGAAUUUGUUUGUUUUUCGUAAGCAGAAGAGGGAUAGUCCGGAGAAAGUUACACCAAUGCUCACUUACUAUGUUUUGGAUGGUUCAAUUUACCAAGCGCCGCAGCUUUGUAAUGUCUUUGCAGCCCGAAUUGGACGGGCUCUGUAUCAUAUAUCGAAGGCUUUUACUACUGCUGCCUCAAAGCUGGAAAAGAUUGGAUAUGUUGAUGAAGAUGAAGCUGUACCUUCUGAAUCAAAAGUUUCUAAAGAGGUGAUCGAUUUCAAGGAAGUUAAGCGAUUUGAUCAUAUUCUUGCUGCCAUACAUCGCAAGUUACCGGCAGCGCCUCCACCACCUCCAUUUCCAGAAGGCUAUGUACCGCCUGCAACUGCAGAAGCAGAUAAAGGUUCUGAAACUCAACAAGGGGGAGAGUCACAACCUGCUUCUGUUGAUCCAAUCAUCGAUCAAGGUCCUGCAAAAAGAAUUAAGUUUUGAAGUUCGAAGACCAUAGGAGCAUAACUUUAUUGCUGUAAUUGAUACUAAUACGCCAAAACCAUCACUUUAUUGUAUGGCACAAACUAACGUACUAAAUUUGUAACCUCUAGUAUUUAAGAAUUUGAGUAUAACUAUUUUAUUUACUUUUAAUAAGUCUAUAUUAUAUUUAUAUA